AUGGAAGCUUCGAACAGAAAUACUGUUCGUGAGACACGAAUAGAAAACGAUUUUCAUGAUCUGAACAAUCCGUUACCAUCUAUGCAGCAAGGUCAUGCAGGAUUAUUUGGACAGGCGAGAUCAUUCGAUGUUGAAGAUACACAGCCUUCCAAAAGGAACAAUCAAGGUUUUUGUAACAAACAAUGCUUGAUUGGACUCGCUAUCGGUUUGACGAUCGGUGUGGUACUUGUUAUUGUCAUUGCAGUUCCAGUUGGUGUUGUACUAGCAUCGAAAGCGACAGGAACACAAUCGAGUACGGUGACUACUUCGACUAGUCAAAGCACAAGUCGUAUAAAACAAGUUCAGAAUUGUCUUAGUCAAGAUAUUACAAGACAACCGGUACUGAUCGAUACCGACACAGACAUUGAUGACCUAUGGGCGAUCCUCUAUCUUCUCAAUGUUCCAACUGUUGAUAUUCUCGCGAUAACAACUAGUGGAGACGGAUACAGUACACCGUUCUAUUCAACAUCGAAUAUUCUUAGCCUUCUUGGAUUAGUCAACUGCACAGACGGUGUUGGAGUUGCCACGGGAGCAAGUCUAUCAUUAUCUCCGACGGGAUGGAUUAUUGCAAGUUCAAUUCUCAAAGGUAUUGAUACCUUUCUCACAUCUCCAACUUGUCUCAAUCAGUCUACCAACAUUUUCUUACAACCAUCACCAUUUGAUGCAGUGGAACUGAUCAUAUCUACAUUGAAAUAUUCACAACGACCAGUAGAUAUUUUAUGUCUUGGUCCCAUGACGAAUAUCGCCGAAGCGAUUAGCCGGGAUCGAUCGAUCGUAUCAAAGAUAGGAACACUGUACCUUUCUGGUGGUCAAUUCAAAUCAAUAGCUGAUUAUCCAUCAUUGGUACCAAAUCCGAGUCUAGGGGUUUAUCCUUAUUCAUACAAAACCUCAGGAAGCAGUUCGAAUGUCUUCUUAGAUGUUCUUGCCGUUCAACGUGUCGACGAUAGCGGAAUCAAAAAUUUAGUCGCUAUGCCAUCAGGUGUGCAAAAGCAAUUAACUGCGAAUCUGACUCAACUUAACAACAAAAUACGAGCAUUGAAUCUUCAACUAUCACCAUUUACUUACGGAUUGAUCUCGUCAUUAGCCAAAUGUACAAAUCAGACUGAAGGAGAUAUUUUUUGGUGGGACAAUAGUGCAGCUCAAUUGAUGGUGCAAAUGCAAAAUAAUGCCACAAAUGGCUUUUGUACGAAUCUGCAAAAGGUUCAAUCAUUAUACGUUCUCUCCGCUGAUGGAAAUCACCUCUACGGUCAAGGUUUAUCAGGUUUUGAUCAAUUAAGACCAAAUACACAAGGUUUAACGAAUUAUACCAUAUGUACUCAAACCAAUUCUGAUCUGUUCCUUACCGAAUUUUUAACAACCAUCGCCUCGAACCGAUUGGAUUCUUGUGCAAAAACAUAUCAAAAUCGAUUUGACAUUAAACUACAAGCAUGUCUUAACACAUAUGGAUAUGAAUAA